CCGAGCGUCCUCCUCAUCCUAGUUUAGUUUAGGACAUUUUUUCGAGUGUUUGUGACUGAUAAGGAAAGAAAAUUGUCAACUUGAGUGUCAAUAAUGUCACUAAUUGUUAAGGACAGAAUAGAUUUAAUCUUUCAAUGAGUUAGAAUUUCAUUUUCAGAUAAUUGUUUUCUCACUUAGUGAAAUCCUGAUACUCCAUCCUGUACUAUUUCACCGCUGUGAAUUGUUACCCAGUCAACAGUCAUCUUAGUGCUAUUAUCUUUGCAUUGAGUAAUUCCGUGCUUACGGAAACUAAAAUAGGUAGCCUGUUUAAUAACAUCUGCUAAGUAGGCCUAGUGUUCAUCAACUAUGGCUAACGAAGAACAACAAGUUAUAAACUAUGAGAACGCCGGUCGUUUGGUCAUCUCUGCCAUUACCUAUCCUAUAGAAAAUGCCAAAACUCUCAUACAGAUGGGCCAUGAACCAAUUCCACCUUUCAGGACAAAAACAAUUUUUGGAAGUCCAGCCUUGGGCUUACCAAAUGUCUUCACUUACGUGAAACACAUUUACCAGGUGGAUGGGCUGAGUGGGUGCUACAGAGGCUUUGCACCUUGGAUAUCAACUAAUUUGGUCUACAGAUACAGUUUGAACAAAGUCAAGGAAUCUUUCCCACCGAUAAAGAACGAAGACAGAGAUGACGAAGACUUGAAUGAGGAAGAAAGACUGAAUGUGUUCGCAUGUGUGUUGUAUCGUGGAGUCGUCUGUCGAGCGGUCGCUGUCAUAGUGUCCCAGCCUCUACACGUCAUCACAGUUCGGACUAUAGCCCAGUUUGUGGGAAAAGAGACCAAAUACUCAGGGAUUUUCUCUCCCAUUUGGACAAUUCUACAAGAGGAGGGAAUCUUUGGGUUUUUCUCUGGAGUGUUGCCGCGCCUAUUGUCCGACAUAUUUAUCUACACAGUGGCUACGACUGGUGUCUUCCUAGCACACGAGUUUGUAACUAAAGACAAGGAAGUCAGAAAAAUGGUGGAUACACUUAUACAGUAUGUCGCCAACGCCGCCUUUUACCCUCUCUCCGUCGUCGGUACCUGUAUGAGUGUGACAAACUCUGGGCUGGUCGCCGGGUCACCACCCAACAUGCCUCACUAUAAUCACAUGUUUGACUGCUGGACUCAUUUGAGAAGCAUCCAACAACACAAGCGAGGCUCCAGUAUUCUGUGGAGAUACUAUACACAAGUGUCCUCGCAACAUGCUAAACAAUUAUAACUUGUGUAACUCUUAUUUAUUGUAUUAUCUUCAACUCUUUAAAUAUAGCUUUUGUCUUGUGAACGUUAA